AUGCAUCCUUCCGUGCUUUGCAAUGAGUCCUCCCGGAUCCGUGAGGGCCCUGCAAGGAAUUGGCCACAUCCUUGGCGUUAUGGCUGCUUGGCAAUUAGCGAUGCGCUCGAGAGCUUCCUGGAGAACUCGGCGGACUUCUUCCGGCAGCUGAGCGUCCGUCGGCACUUCAAAUGGCUUUUGUCCUGGUUCUCCACUACCGCGCACACCAGCAUAUGGCUCAGCGGCUGUCCUCUAGGAGUCUUGGCCUUGCGCCUCUUCACCGUGUUGAUCUCCAAUGAUGCCGACCGGUGCAUCCAGAUGCGAGAUGCCCGAAUGGGGUUAGACUUAAUGCAUGUGCCCUUGGCGGACGUCGUCGAGUCUGGUUGGCCGGUCUUCCGCAUCCUGGCGCAUUUGGCCGAGGAGUCCCGGCGAAUCAGCUACCCUUUGGAGAAUGCUUGCGAUGAGCUGGAUAGCCUAUCCGCGAGGGCUUUUCGGGAUCGUGUGUUGCGACCAUCGCUACAUGAACACCGUGCAGUACCGGUUUCCGAGGCUUGGAUCUACCUCAAAGAGCCUCCACCACGUUGCGCAAUUGGAGUGGCCACGGCGUACUUCACCUUGGCUGCGCAGCACAGCAAGGCUGAGCCAGAGAAGCGUGCCUUGCUCGAGCGAGGUCAAGAAAUGCUGCUGGAGUGGCCCUCGUUGCAACGAUCUCUUUACGCGUUGCUCACUACCCGGUGGCCGUUUUGGCGAGCGCUGGACCGGAACAUGCGGCCUCCUGCACAGCUGACAGAGGGAAAGGAAGAAGAUCAAACCGUCGAGGUGGACGUAGUCUUCUGUGGGCGGGGUGUGGCCGACCUGGGACGUCAGCUGCGUAGCUGGUGCGCAACAAAAUCCUGGCACCUGCAUUUUCUCCAAGCUGAUUUGGCAGCAUGCCCGGGCUUCUUUCAGGAUAUUGGUAUUCGAGAGAAUGCGAAGGUUCUGAUGCUAUCGCCUUUGCUUUGGUCCACCGAGGGCCUCGACACUGCGCUGCAUGCCAAGAACUUCUCCCUCUUGGAAGCAGGCGCUGACGUGCUAGGGUUUCCUACCUUGGAUUCAAAUUUCCAUUGGAACUUCGCCGUUCAUCGCCUCCGUUUGGAGAACUGGACAUUGCGCUACGAGGCUUUCCCCACAGGCAAGGUCCGAUGA